UGUGAGCCCAGGAGGGAGUCUUUCAUCCGGUGUCAGCCACUUAUUGAAAUUCCGGGUUUUAGCCUGCCACUUUUGGAUUCUCGCUUGCUGAGGUGUUCCUGCGAGAAUCUCUGUAGAUGAAUGAGGAUGAAUUAAUGAGUAUGUGUAAUGUGAAUGCUGAGUAAAAAUGCAAUUCCCCUUUCUUUGUUUAUUAGCUAAUGUAACUGUACAUUGUGAAUUCUAUGUAGUUACAUAGAAUCUGUCUGUAUGUCCAAUGUUGUUCUUUCUGUAAAAGUGUAAAAGUUUUGAUACCUUUUCUCUUUCUGGAAAAUUGCAAUAAAAAUAACCUAUGUUUUAAAGUUAUUGAAAAGUUAUAACAACUGUGGUUCCUCUCCCUCCAUACAGGUGGAAGAUAUGGAACACGGGCAUCCCCGAGUGCCUGAACGUCUCAUCCAUGAAGGAGCUAGAAAGUGAAAGUACAUUCUCCUUCGUCAAAGGUGCCCUAUUUGUGAAACGCGCUGUAGGCAAGACGAUAGAGCUCAAGCUGAGAGGUUACUCUGACAGCAAACGAUCCUGGGGGAACCUGGAGGACAUCAAGAAGGUUUUCUGGUUCAACAAGUCGGAUACAUCCAAAUACGUCACAGAACACUGGAAAGAAGAUGCCUUCUUUGGGUACCAAUUCCUGAAUGGAUUGAAUCCAAAAAUGAUCCGGAAAUGCACCAGAAUCCCUCCGAAUUUCCCUGUGACCCAGGAGAUGGUGGCUAAGUCCCUUGGAGACAACACCACGCUGGAGAAAGAGCUGAAGAAGGGCAACAUCUUCAUUGUGGACUACCAGCUCCUGGAGGAUGUCCCGGCUGGGCUGAUCAAUGGGCGCCACCAGUACAUUGCGGCCCCUUUGUGCCUGUUAUACCUCUCCCCACGGAAUCAUCUCAUGCCCUUGGCCAUCCAGCUCAGCCAGAUCCCGGGGCCACUGUCACCCAUCUUCCUUCCCAGUGACGCUGAAUGGGAUUGGAUCCUGGCCAAAACCUGGGUGCGCAAUGCUGACUUCCAUGCCCAUCAGGCUGUUGCGCAUCUGCUCCAGACACACCUGUUGGCUGAGGUGUUCGCUAUGGCCGCCAUCCGCCAGUUGCCCAUGUGUCACCCGCUCUACAAGCUCCUGAUUCCUCACAUGCGCUACACCUUCCACAUCAACACUUUGGCCCGGGAGAGUCUCAUCUCAAAAGGAGGGAUCUUUGACCUGUACACUGCUGUUGGUUACGAGGGCUUGGUGGAAGUGUUGCAAAGAGGAACCCGAGCCUUGACUUUGACAUCGCUCUGCCUUCCCGACGAUCUGGAGGCUCGCGGGGUGUCCUCGUUGCCCCAUUACUACUACAAGGAGGAUGGCCUGAAGCUCUGGGCAGCCGUGGAGAGCUUUGUCUCAGGCAUCAUUGAUUUGUACUAUCCAAAUGAUUGCUCUGUGCAGGAAGAUUGUGAGCUGCAGAAGUGGAUGGAGGAGGUCUUUGAGAAAGGUUUUCUGGCUCAAGAGUCUUCUGGCAUCUCUUCCUCAUUCACUUCUGUGCGAGAGCUGAAAAAAUUCCUGACUAUGGUGAUAUAUACCGGUUCAGUCCAGCAUUCAGCGGUUAACAGUGGACAGUUUGAUUUUGGUGCCUGGAUGCCCAACUUUCCAUCAUCCAUGAGGAAACCUCCGCCAUCCACCAAGGGCACAACGAACGCGGAGAACUACAAAGACACCAUCCCUGAGAUCAACAUCACCUGCAGCAUUCUCAGCACCCUAUGGCUGCUCAGCGCCCCAACGGGAGAUGCGGUGCGGUUGGGCAAUUACCCGGAGGAGCAUUUCACAGAAGAGGCGCCCAAAAAACUCAUUGCUGCCUUCCAAGAAGAACUGAAGAGGAUUUCCAGGGAAAUUGAACAGAGGAACAAGUCCCUGCCCAACAUGGGGGGACCUGUCCAUCUUGGCUACAAGUAUCUGAACCCCCCAGAGAUCGAGAACAGCGUCUCUAUCUAAAUAGCAGAGGGGAAACCGCCUCUGACAAAUGUUUCUCCAGUCUGUCUGUUUCUGUAAGAUAAGUUCAGUAAGAUAAUUAACAGAAAGCACAAGCAUAUGACAAGUCCUGACACUCAUUCCUCACCUCAUGCACACAUAGUCAGACAUCCAGCAAGCAGAGUCCCAACUCUUUGCACCACUUCACACUACUAUUGAUCUUCAGUGGCCAAAUAGUAUGGCACAAGCAAGAUCCUCAUUACAUUUCCAUGUUGCAGCCUCAUUGGCUUUUGAGGAGGAGCUGUAGAGGAAACAUCACUCACCCACAUCCCAAACCACAACAAUAUUAUCUUCAUCACAUUACGUUUGGGGAUGGGCAGGCUUGGAGACACAACAUAUACAAUCGCCUUCCAUUUCCAUGGAGUCUGCAUCCAUGAAUUUCACCUCCAUAACCUCAUAAUAUUGCCCCAAAUUCCAAAAAAGCAAGUCUUGAUUCGGCCCUUUAUAUAAGUGUUGGGACCAAGCCAAAGAAGUAGAAACAUAUUUAGAAAGGGUUCAUAUCAAUUGUCUAAGAUCUAAGGAAAUUACCUACCCUUAGGAAAGAAUUAGCUAGAGUGACAAAUGGGAGAAGGAAGGGAAAAUAAUGGGCAAGAGAAAUGUGGAGAGCACCUUUUGUAUAACCAAGGCAUGUCUUUCAAUAAUGCGUAUGUAUUUCACCUGUAAUCCAGUUAUAGAACUUGUUCACGCAUGUUAUCUGUAUUGCUUAAAAAACUAUAAAAGCUUAUAGCCUGGAGGUAUUUGGGGCCUGAGCUAUGCCUUGAAUGCCUUGAGCCUUGAUCUCACUGUAAACAAUAAAUAUAAUUUGUCAUUUGUAAAAGA